GCCCCUUCCCCGGGGUGGUGAUGUCAUAGCGCCAGGGCUGAGGCUGUGGAUUGUGGGAGAAUUCGGACAACAGCCAUUUUCGGGUAGCGACUGUCAUCCUUGGAACACACUUCUCAAACUGUGAGAGAACGUACCAGUCCCGCACUAUUUUUAAAACAAAUUCUGAGGAUGGAUAGAACGAUGCCGACUCACGCCAAAUAGUGUUCCUGUAUUUAGAGCGCUGUUCCGGUUCAAGUUACGGAAGACGAGAACAUUGACUAGGCUAAUUCGUGGCAGGCUCGAAUUCAUUAGCUAGCCAGCCAUGCUAGCAUAAUUGGUUACAAUGUAUUGCUUGGAAUUUUCUCGCUUUUAGACGGCAGCGACGUUAUACAACGGGAUUAAAGCCAGUGGUGUGUCGUGGGUUUAUUUUUAUAGUGCAGCAGACCGACUAACGUGUCAUCAGGAUUUAACCGGCGGGCGGACUGGGGAGAGAGAAGCCUUGCGGUUCAGGAGCGUAGCCCACUCUUACUAAAAGGGAUUGAAGUGGAGCAUCACAACAGUCCGUGGUGCUUUGUUUGAUCUCGAGGUUACCGGCUCUUGUCUUGGGGGAAAUAGAACCGUUUCGAUUAAGUGUGUGUGUGAACUCAGGUUAUGUCCACCAUGGUGUACCCACGCAGCGAGGAGGCCCUGGAGCGCCUGACCCAGGAUGAGAUCGUGCUCAACACAAAGACUGUGAUGCAGGGCCUGGAGACACUCAGAGGGGAGCAUGCCCAGCUCCUCACGUCCCUGCUGGACUGCACCCAGCCACCUGCUGCCCAGGAGAAGUCAGGCCUGCUGCGGAAGAGCCUGGAGGCCAUAGAUUUAGGCCUGGGAGAGGCACAGGUGAUCAUUGCCCUGUCGGGUCACCUGAGUGCUGUGGAGUCAGAGAAACAGAAGCUAAGAGCCCAGGUCAGACGACUGUGUCAGGAGAACCAGUGGUUAAGAGAUGAGCUAGCAGGAACACAGCACAAGCUGCAGCGUAGUGAGCAGAGUGUUGCCCAGCUGGAGGAAGAGAAGAAGCACCUGGAGUUCAUGAACAAGAUCAAGAAGUUUGACGACGACGUGUCACAGUCUGAGGAGAAGGCUGCAGGGGAGACGUCUAAAGACAGCUUGGACGACCUGUUCCCCAACGAUGACGACCAGGGACAGGCCCAGCCCAGUGGAGAGGUGGCGGCCCAGCAGGGUGGCUAUGAGAUCCCGGCCCGCCUGAGGACUCUCCACAACCUGGUGAUCCAGUACGCCUCCCAGGGGAGGUACGAGGUGGCCGUGCCCCUCUGCAAACAGGCCCUAGAGGACCUGGAGAAGACCUCCGGACACGACCACCCUGACGUGGCCACCAUGCUCAACAUCCUGGCCCUGGUCUACAGGGACCAGAACAAGUACAAAGAGGCAGCCCACCUGCUGAACGAUGCCCUGGCCAUCAGAGAAAAGACCCUGGGGAAGGACCACCCUGCGGUAGCCGCCACUCUCAACAACCUGGCUGUCCUCUACGGGAAGAGGGGCAAGUACAAGGAGGCUGAGCCCCUCUGUAAGAGAGCCCUGGAGAUUAGAGAGAAGGUCCUGGGGAAGUACCACCCUGACGUGGCCAAGCAGCUGAACAACCUGGCCCUGCUGUGUCAGAACCAGGGAAAGUACGAGGAGGUGGAGUAUUACUACAGACAAGCCCUGGAGAUCUACCAGUCCAAACUGGGGGCUGACGACCCCAACGUAGCCAAGACCAAGAACAACCUGGCUACAUGCUACCUCAAACAGGGGAAGUUCAAGGAUGCUGAGUCCCUGUACAAAGAGAUCCUAACCAGAGCACAUGAGAAGGAGUUUGGAUCAGUCAACAAUGACAACAAGCCAAUCUGGAUGCAUGCGGAGGAGAGAGAGGAGAGCAAGGGGAAGAGGAAGGAAGCUAGUCCCUGUGUAGAGUAUGGGAGCUGGUACAAGGCCUGCAAAGUUGACAGUCCUACCGUCAAUACCACCCUGAAGAGCCUGGGGGCGCUGUACCGCAGACAGGGUAAAUUACAGGCAGCUGAGACACUGGAGGAGUGUUCUACCAAGACACGCAAGCAGGGUAUAGAUGCCAUUAACCAGAGUAAGGUGGUGGAGCUCCUGAAGGAUGGGGCCCCAGGAGGGGGUGAGCGACGGCAGAGCCGGGAGGGUCUCAACGGGCCCCAGCGAGGGGACUGUGAGGGGGACGACGGAGCAGAGUGGAACGGGGAAGGUAACGGUUCUUUGCGUCGGAGCGGCUCCUUUGGGAAGAUCCGUGAAGCGCUACGUAGGAGCAGUGAGAUGCUGGUGAAGAAACUACAGGGCAGUGGCCCCCAGGAGCCCCGCAACCCAGGGAUGAAGAGAGCCAGCUCCCUCAACUUCCUCAACAAGAGUGCAGAAGACCCCUCACAGGACGCCAACACCGGCCUAUCAGAAUGCAGAGGACUGAGUGCCAGCAAUGUGGACUUGUCAAGACGCAGCUCCCUGAUUGGUUAAACAGAGACAGGAGGCGGGACCAGGAGGAGGAAAGCCCAAUGAGGAGAGGCAGUUUGCCAUCAAAACACUUCCGAUCCAACACUCACAUUCAAGACAUAUUUUCUAAAGAAACAAAAAAAAAUGACUUGACGCAUUUAGUGACUCAGACGUCUCUGUGUCUGCUUUACUGUAUACUUCGCUGGCAUCUAUCAAACAAGUAGAGAAAAUCUUAUUUAAACGGCAUGCUGCUUACUAGAAGGUGGAAUUUUUGCACUAGACACUCAUCAUGGUGAGUCUGAGGCAUAGCAUCAUGACAGAAUCCAUAUUGUUAUCGCAUUGUGAUUCAUUUUAUAUUAACCCGCACACAUCUCAUGCAGACACUCAACCUUAGGUAGGCUAGUUCUAUUCUGAUUUCUAUCUUAGAGAAGUGUAACCAAUGUCAGUGUGCCGCUGACGGUUUAGCUUCCUCCACCGUCCCUGUCUCCAUCCCUGGCUCGAACCAGUGAUCCUCUGUUUUGCAACACACGCCUUCCAUGACAACGUGGGAACACGAUUGAGCUAUACAAAAGGCACCAAUCGGUUAGCUCCAUCGGCAACAUUUCAAGCUAGCUGCCGAGCAUUACGGUACAUUCCUAACUCUGUUACAGAAGCAUCACACUCAGCUCACUAGUGGCAUGAUUACUGAAUGCUAACAACCCAUUCAAUGGAAAUCACAGUGAAGAAAGCCAUAUAAAUCAUAUAUGUUUUUAAGACGAGGUAUGAACUACAGCUGUUAGAAACUUCAGCGAUGUAAAAGACAGAUGGUACACAAUCUUUUUGGGAUGUCAAAUAAAUCAUUGUAUUUAAACAUCA